AUGAGACACAGAAACAAGUUACGGGAGGAAGUUGUGGAUGCCCCAUCACUGGCAGUGUUCAAAGUCAGUGCUCCUAAUUCUACUUACAGCCAUAGUUCUUCUGUUAUGUGCCUGUAUGUUUGUAGAGAACCAAAAAGAUCUGAUGCUGACAGUUUUCUCAGAAGAAAGAAAAUUCUUACUGCUUAUUUUGAAUCCACAGCUGGCAACCCCUCUCACAAUGGCCGUGUGUGCAGCACAUGGGGGAACUUCCACUUCAAGACCUUUGAUGGGGACAUUUUUUACUUCCCUGGGGUCUGCAAUUACAUCUUUGCCUCCAACUGCAAGUCUUCCUAUGAGGACUUCAACAUCCAGAUUAGGCGUGCAAUGGUGGAAAAUGCUACUGUGAUCACUCAUGUCAUCAUGAAGCUGGAAGGAGUGGUGAUCGAACUGACCCCCAGCUCUGUCCUGCUCGACAACAAAUUGGUCCAGAUGCCCUACAGCCAUAUGGGAGUCUUGAUAGAGAGAAGUAACAACUAUUUGAAAGUUUCUGCCAAGUUGGGACUGACCUUUCUUUGGAAUGGACAAGAUGCCCUCUUGGUGGAACUAGAUAAGAAAUAUGCCAAUCAAACUUGUGGACUUUGUGGGGACUUCAAUGGAAUUCCACUCAGCAAUGAAUUUAUUUCAGGGAAGACAAAACUGACUCCCAUACAGUUUGGUAAUAGGCAGAAGAUGGAUGGACCCACAGAGCAGUGUGAUGAUCCUAUUCCUCCUACUUCUCUGAUGAACUGCUCAAGAGAAUUUGCUUCUAUCUGUGAGACAGUAUUAACCAGCAAAGCCUUUACAAGUUGCAAUAUGCUUGUGAAUGUCCAGGACUACAUUGAAACUUGCAUACAAGACCUGUGCCACUGUGACAGCUCUAUGGCUGACUUCUGCAUGUGCAACACCUUUGCUGAGUACUCCCGGCAGUGUGCUCAUGCAGGUGGACAGCCCCUGAACUGGAGAACCUCAGACCUGUGCCCCAAAUCAUGUCCGUUCAACAUGCAAUACCAGGAGUGUGGCUCUCCCUGCUCUGACACGUGCAGCAACCCAGAACGAUCUGCACUUUGUGAAGAUCACUGUACAGAUGGCUGCGUCUGUCCUCCAGGAAUGGUGUUUGAUGACGUUAAUGGUGCUGGCUGCAUUCCCCGCAGAGAAUGCCACUGUACCUAUGAAGGUGAAACUUAUGCUCCUGGUGCCUCCUUCUCAUCUAAAUGCAGAUCAUGUACCUGUGUUGGAGGUGAAUGGUCUUGCGUCUCUCAGUCAUGCCCUGGGACUUGCAGUGUUGAAGGAGGUUCCCACAUUUCAACAUUUGAUGAGAAAUACUAUUCCUUCUUUGGAGACUGUAGCUAUGUCCUAACCAAGCUCUGUGACAGCAAUGAGUUCACGGUGUUGGGGGAUAUCCACAAGUGUGGCCUGACAGACACUGAGACAUGCCUCAAGGGUGUAGCCGUCAGCCUAAACGGAGGACAAACGAACAUUGUGAUCCAGCCUUCCGGGAGUGUAUUUGUGAACAUGAUCUACACACAGCUACCAUUCUCAGCAGCAAACGUCACCAUCUUCAGGCCUUCAUCUUUCUUCAUAAUACUGCAAACAAAUUUUGGUCUUCAGCUACAGGUUCAACUUGUGCCUUCAAUGCAAGUUUUUAUAGAUUUAGACCCGUCACAUAAAGGGCAGACCUGUGGUCUCUGUGGAAACUUCAAUGAUGUACAGACAGAUGAUUUCAAAACCACCAGUGGUGUGAUAGAGGGCACUUCAGCUGCCUUUGGCAAUACUUGGAAAACUCGAGCUGAUUGUCCUGAUGCCAAAAAUACCUUUGAGGACCCCUGUACUGUCAGCAUACAAAAUGACCAGUAUGCUCAGCACUGGUGUGGACUGCUCUCUGAUACCACUGGACCUUUUGCUGAAUGUCACUCAACAGUGAAUCCAGAAGUUUACCAGAAGACCUGUAUGUUUGACACCUGUAACUGUGAGAAGAGUGAGGACUGCAUGUGUGCUGCCCUUUCCAGCUAUGUCAGAGCCUGUGCUGCUAAAGGAGUUCUUCUCACUGGAUGGAGGAGCAAAGCCUGCACAAAAUACACCACCUUGUGUCCGAAGUCCUUGAAGUACACCUACAAUGUCAAUUCCUGCCAACCCACCUGCCGCUCUCUGAGUGAGCCUGAUGUCACAUGCAGCAUCAAGUUUGUCCCAGUUGAUGGCUGCACCUGCAUAAAUGGAACCUACAUGGAUGACAGUGGCAAAUGUGUGCCUGCUUCUAGCUGUCCUUGUUAUUACAAAGGAACACCUCUGUCUUCUGGAGAAGUUGUUCAUGAUAAUGGUGUUGUCUGCACUUGCACCUAUGGAAAGCUGAGCUGCAUUGGAGAGAAGCCUGAACCAGUCUGUGUGCCUCCCAUGGUUUAUGUCGACUGUGGAAACGUCACUGCAAAUGUGGUGGGAGCAGGAUGCCAGAAGAGCUGUCAGACUCUAGAUAUGGAAUGUUACAAAACUCACUGUGUCUCUGGCUGUGUGUGUCCUGAUGAUCAAGUGUUGGAUGGCAAAGGUAGCUGUAUAGCUCCAGAAGACUGUCCAUGUAUUCACAAUGGGAAUUCCUACAGUCCAGGAGAGUCAAUCAGAGUUGGCUGUAACAACUGCACAUGUAGAAACAGAAAAUGGCAAUGCUCUGAGGAACCCUGCCUGGAAACAUGUUCUGUUUAUGGAGAUGGGCAUUAUACCACCUUUGAUGGCAAACGCUUUGAUUUUGAAGGGGACUGUGAAUAUGUUCUGGUCCAGAACUACUGUGGUCAACAGGCUAUGAAUCAGGGAACCUUCAGAGUCAUCACUGAGAACAUUCCAUGUGGCACUACAGGCACUACCUGCUCUAAGUCUAUUAAAGUUUUCCUGGGAAACUAUGAGCUGGUGCUCAAUGAUGGACACUCUGAUGUCAUCCAGAGGACACCUGGAGGAAAAAUACCAUUCCAAAUCCGUUCCAUGGGCAUCUACCUGGUGGUUGAUACUACUGUUGGUCUGAUACUCAUGUGGGACAAGAAAACCAGUAUAUUCAUCAAACUUAGUCCCAGCUUUCAGGGCCAUGUCUGUGGACUUUGUGGAAACUAUGAUGGCAAUGGAAAUAAUGACUUCACUACUCGCAGUCAGUCUGUGGUAGGAAGUGUGCUGGAGUUUGCCAAUAGCUGGAAAGUGUCUUCUAGUUGCCCAAAUGCCAAUCGUACACAGGACCCAUGCACCGCAAACCCGUACAGGAAAGCCUGGGCACAGAAGCAAUGCAGCAUCAUUACCAGUGAAGUGUUUGCAAAGUGUCACUCACAGGUUGAACCAAAUGAAUAUUACCAAGCAUGUGUGGAUGAUGCUUGUGCCUGCGACACUGGAGGAGAUUGUGAAUGUUUCUGCACAGCAGUAGCUGCCUACGCUCAAGCAUGUAAUGAGCUGGACAUCUGCAUAUCAUGGAGAACCCCAUCCAUCUGUCCUCUGUUCUGUGAUUACUAUAAUCCACAAGGGGAAUGUGAAUGGCACUACAAGCCAUGUGGAGCACCUUGUAUGAAGACCUGCAAUAAUCCAAGUGGGAAAUGCCUUCAUGAGAUGAGGGGUUUGGAAGGCUGCUAUCCACAAUGCCCAAAGAAUAAGCCCUAUUUUGAUGAGGAAACCAUGACCUGUGUUUCUAAUUGUGGUUGCUUUGAAGAUGGAAAAAAUUACAAGCCAGGAAUGGAGAUGCCUUCAAAGCAGAACUGUGAAUCAUGUGAAUGCACAAUUCAUGGCAAAAAAUGCAGAUAUGAUGAACAUGAAUGUGUCUGCAUUUAUGAGGGGCAGAAAUACAACUACAAAGAUGUGGUCUACAACACCACAGAUGGCACAGGAUGGUGUAUUGUUGCGACUUGUGGUCCCAAUGGAACGCUUCAAAGAUUUUUCCAUAGAUGUCCAAUGUCAACAUCAACGACGUCUCCCUUCAGCACUACACCAUCUACCACUACUUCCACAGUAUGUGUUAAUGAAGUCUGUGAGUGGUCAGAAUGGUAUGAUGGGAGUCUACAAACCCCUGGCUAUGAUGGGGGAGAUUUUGAAACUUUUGAUGAUUUACGAGCAAAAGGUUAUGAAGUCUGUAAAACCCCAAAGGCUGUUGAAUGCAGAGCAGAAAAAUUCCCUGAUAUACCACUGAAAGACCUUGGCCAAAAAGUAGAAUGCAGUACAACACAAGGGCUUAUAUGUUAUAACAAGGAUCAGAUUUCAACAAUGUGCAACAACUAUGAAAUCAGAAUCCUCUGCUGUGUUUUUGUACCAUGCUCUUCCACAACACCUUUCAGGACAUCAACCCCAGUCAUAACUCCAAGAGAAACAUCUACUGAAACAACAUAUACAUUCACUACAACUUCUGAAACCACAACCUUUACAACUUCAACUACGGAAGAAACAACUCCUGUCACCAAAUCACCUUCUACAAUUCCGCUUUGUUUCAAAGAAAAAUGUUACUGGUCAAGAUGGUAUGAUGUCAGUUAUCCAGGAUCAGGUUACAAUGAUGGAGAUUUUGAUACCAUUCAGAACAUUAAAAAAAAUGGAUACCAAGUAUGUGACAACAGAAAGGAUGUGGAAUGCAGAGCAGUGCGGUUUCCUAAUACACCAUAUCCUCUACUAGAGCAACACAUAACAUGUAACGCAGAUGAAGGACUGAAAUGUUACAAUAAAGAUCAACUGCCACCCAUCUGCUAUAACUAUGAAGUAAGAUUUAAAUGCUGCAAAAAUAUACCGGUACGAUGUGAAACAACCCCAGAAAGUGUUACUACAACAACUGAGGCAACUACACUUUCUUCAACAACAACAACAGAAACAGUACCGACAACUCUAAGUUUACAAACAAAACACAAGACAACAACGACAUACACAAUUAGACCAAAAACAGAAUUCAUACAUACCAAAACAACAUCAAAACCAACUACACAAAGUAAAACUUACACAACAAGCACCAUGACACAAAAAACAACAUAUCCACCUAUCACCACCUGUGAACCCGAAGUGUGCGCCUGGAGCGACUGGUUCGAUGUCGACUUCCCCUCCUCGGGGCCCAACCAGGGAGACUUUGAAACCUACCAGCACAUCCGUGCCGCCGGCAAGCGAGUCUGCCAGCGGCCAAAGCAGAUCGAGUGCCAGGCGGAGGACUACCCCGAUGUACCCAUCCAGCAGGUGGGACAGGUCGUGCAGUGCGACGUCCACUUUGGACUGGUGUGCAAGAACGAGGACCAGACGGGCAAGUUCAAGAUGUGCCUCAACUACAGGAUCCGCGUGCUCUGCUGCACCCCCAACUACAACUGCACAGUCCCACCAAGCACCACCACCACCACCACCAGCCCCACGACGAGCACAACAAUCCCGUCCUCAACCACAACCCCCACCUACACGCCCUAUAUCCACAGCACCACCAGUCCUACCUCCACAGAAAUCACCACCAGCAGCCCUACGCCAACUACAACCUCCACCACCACCACCACCUGCGAACCCGAAGUGUGCGCCUGGAGCGACUGGUUCGAUGUCGACUUCCCCUCCUCGGGGCCCAACCAGGGAGACUUUGAAACCUACCAGCACAUCCGUGCCGCCGGCAAGCGAGUCUGCCAGCGGCCAAAGCAGAUCGAGUGCCAGGCGGAGGACUACCCCGAUGUACCCAUCCAGCAGGUGGGACAGGUCGUGCAGUGCGACGUCCACUUUGGACUGGUGUGCAAGAACGAGGACCAGACGGGCAAGUUCAAGAUGUGCCUCAACUACAGGAUCCGCGUGCUCUGCUGCACCCCCAACUACAACUGCACAGUCCCACCAAGCACCACCACCACCACCAGCCCCACGACGAGCACAACAAUCCCGUCCUCAACCACAACCCCCACCUACACGCCCUAUAUCCACAGCACCACCAGUCCUACCUCCACAGAAAUCACCACCAGCAGCCCUACGCCAACUACAACCUCCACCACCACCACCACCUGCGAACCCGAAGUGUGCGCCUGGAGCGACUGGUUCGAUGUCGACUUCCCCUCCUCGGGGCCCAACCAGGGAGACUUUGAAACCUACCAGCACAUCCGUGCCGCCGGCAAGCGAGUCUGCCAGCGGCCAAAGCAGAUCGAGUGCCAGGCGGAGGACUACCCCGAUGUACCCAUCCAGCAGGUGGGACAGGUCGUGCAGUGCGACGUCCACUUUGGACUGGUGUGCAAGAACGAGGACCAGACGGGCAAGUUCAAGAUGUGCCUCAACUACAGGAUCCGCGUGCUCUGCUGCACCCCCAACUACAACUGCACAGUCCCACCAAGCACCACCACCACCACCAGCCCCACGACGAGCACAACAAUCCCGUCCUCAACCACAACCCCCACCUACACGCCCUAUAUCCACAGCACCACCAGUCCUACCUCCACAGAAAUCACCACCAGCAGCCCUACGCCAACUACAACCUCCACCACCACCACCACCUGCGAACCCGAAGUGUGCGCCUGGAGCGACUGGUUCGAUGUCGACUUCCCCUCCUCGGGGCCCAACCAGGGAGACUUUGAAACCUACCAGCACAUCCGUGCCGCCGGCAAGCGAGUCUGCCAGCGGCCAAAGCAGAUCGAGUGCCAGGCGGAGGACUACCCCGAUGUACCCAUCCAGCAGGUGGGACAGGUCGUGCAGUGCGACGUCCACUUUGGACUGGUGUGCAAGAAUGAGGACCAGACGGGCAAGUUCAAGAUGUGCCUCAACUACAGGAUCCGCGUGCUCUGCUGCACCCCCAACUACAACUGCACAGUCCCACCAAGCACCACCACCACCACCACCACCAGCCCCACGACGAGCACAACAAUCCCGUCCUCAACCACAACCCCCACCUACACGCCCUAUAUCCACAGCACCACCAGUCCUACCUCCACAGAAAUCACCACCAGCAGCCCUACGCCAACUACAACCUCCACCACCACCACCACCUGCGAACCCGAAGUGUGUGCCUGGAGCGACUGGUUCGAUGUCGACUUCCCCUCCUCGGGGCCCAACCAGGGAGACUUUGAAACCUACCAGCACAUCCGUGCCGCCGGCAAGCGAGUCUGCCAGCGGCCAAAGCAGAUCGAGUGCCAGGCGGAGGACUACCCCGAUGUACCCAUCCAGCAGGUGGGACAGGUCGUGCAGUGCGACGUCCACUUUGGACUGGUGUGCAAGAACGAGGACCAGACGGGCAAGUUCAAGAUGUGCCUCAACUACAGGAUCCGCGUGCUCUGCUGCACCCCCAACUACAACUGCACAGUCCCACCAAGCACCACCACCACCACCAGCCCCACGACGAGCACAACAGUCCCGUCCUCAACCACAACCCCCACCUACACGCCCUAUAUCCACAGCACCACCAGUCCUACCUCCACAGAAAUCACCACCAGCAGCCCUACGCCAACUACAACCUCCACCACCACCACCACCUGCGAACCCGAAGUGUGCGCCUGGAGCGACUGGUUCGAUGUCGACUUCCCCUCCUCGGGGCCCAACCAGGGAGACUUUGAAACCUACCAGCACAUCCGUGCCGCCGGCAAGCGAGUCUGCCAGCGGCCAAAGCAGAUCGAGUGCCAGGCGGAGGACUACCCCGAUGUACCCAUCCAGCAGGUGGGACAGGUCGUGCAGUGCGACGUCCACUUUGGACUGGUGUGCAAGAACGAGGACCAGACGGGCAAGUUCAAGAUGUGCCUCAACUACAGGAUCCGCGUGCUCUGCUGCACCCCCAACUACAACUGCACAGUCCCACCAAGCACCACCACCACCACCAGCCCCACGACGAGCACAACAAUCCCAUCCUCAACCACAACCCCCACCUACGCGCCCUGUAUGGACAGCACCACCUGUAUUACCUCCACAGAAAUCACCACCAGCAGCCCUACGCCAACUACUACCUCCACCACCACCACCACCUGCGAACCCGAAGUGUGCGCCUGGAGCGACUGGUUCGAUGUCGACUUCCCCUCCUCGGGGCCCAACCAGGGAGACUUUGAAACCUACCAGCACAUCCGUGCCGCCGGCAAGCGAGUCUGCCAGCGGCCAAAGCAGAUCGAGUGCCAGGCGGAGGACUACCCCGAUGUACCCAUCCAGCAGGUGGGACAGGUCGUGCAGUGCGACGUCCACUUUGGACUGGUGUGCAAGAACGAGGACCAGACGGGCAAGUUCAAGAUGUGCCUCAACUACAGGAUCCGCGUGCUCUGCUGCACCCCCAACUACAACUGCACAGUCCCACCAAGCACCACCACCACCACCACCACCAGCCCCACGACGAGCACAACAAUCCCGUCCUCAACCACAACCCCCACCUACACGCCCUAUAUCCACAGCACCACCAGUCCUACCUCCACAGAAAUCACCACCAGCAGCCCUACGCCAACUACAACCUCCACCACCACCACCACCUGCGAACCCGAAGUGUGCGCCUGGAGCGACUGGUUCGAUGUCGACUUCCCCUCCUCGGGGCCCAACCAGGGAGACUUUGAAACCUACCAGCACAUCCGUGCCGCCGGCAAGCGAGUCUGCCAGCGGCCAAAGCAGAUCGAGUGCCAGGCGGAGGACUACCCCGAUGUACCCAUCCAGCAGGUGGGACAGGUCGUGCAGUGCGACGUCCACUUUGGACUGGUGUGCAAGAACGAGGACCAGACGGGCAAGUUCAAGAUGUGCCUCAACUACAGGAUCCGCGUGCUCUGCUGCACCCCCAACUACAACUGCACAGUCCCACCAAGCACCACCACCACCACCAGCCCCACGACGAGCACAACAAUCCCGUCCUCAACCACAACCCCCACCUACACGCCCUAUAUCCACAGCACCACCAGUCCUACCUCCACAGAAAUCACCACCAGCAGCCCUACGCCAACUACAACCUCCACCACCACCACCACCUGCGAACCCGAAGUGUGUGCCUGGAGCGACUGGUUCGAUGUCGACUUCCCCUCCUCGGGGCCCAACCAGGGAGACUUUGAAACCUACCAGCACAUCCGUGCCGCCGGCAAGCGAGUCUGCCAGCGGCCAAAGCAGAUCGAGUGCCAGGCGGAGGACUACCCCGAUGUACCCAUCCAGCAGGUGGGACAGGUCGUGCAGUGCGACGUCCACUUUGGACUGGUGUGCAAGAACGAGGACCAGACGGGCAAGUUCAAGAUGUGCCUCAACUACAGGAUCCGCGUGCUCUGCUGCACCCCCAACUACAACUGCACAGUCCCACCAAGCACCACCACCACCACCAGCCCCACGACGAGCACAACAAUCCCGUCCUCAACCACAACCCCCACCUACACGCCCUAUAUCCACAGCACCACCAGUCCUACCUCCACAGAAAUCACCACCAGCAGCCCUACGCCAACUACAACCUCCACCACCACCACCACCUGCGAACCCGAAGUGUGUGCCUGGAGCGACUGGUUCGAUGUCGACUUCCCCUCCUCGGGGCCCAACCAGGGAGACUUUGAAACCUACCAGCACAUCCGUGCCGCCGGCAAGCGAGUCUGCCAGCGGCCAAAGCAGAUCGAGUGCCAGGCGGAGGACUACCCCGAUGUACCCAUCCAGCAGGUGGGACAGGUCGUGCAGUGCGACGUCCACUUUGGACUGGUGUGCAAGAACGAGGACCAGACGGGCAAGUUCAAGAUGUGCCUCAACUACAGGAUCCGCGUGCUCUGCUGCACCCCCAACUACAACUGCACAGUCCCACCAAGCACCACCACCACCACCAGCCCCACGACGAGCACAACAAUCCCGUCCUCAACCACAACCCCCACCUACACGCCCUAUAUCCACAGCACCACCAGUCCUACCUCCACAGAAAUCACCACCAGCAGCCCUACGCCAACUACAACCUCCACCACCACCACCACCUGCGAACCCGAAGUGUGCGCCUGGAGCGACUGGUUCGAUGUCGACUUCCCCUCCUCGGGGCCCAACCAGGGAGACUUUGAAACCUACCAGCACAUCCGUGCCGCCGGCAAGCGAGUCUGCCAGCGGCCAAAGCAGAUCGAGUGCCAGGCGGAGGACUACCCCGAUGUACCCAUCCAGCAGGUGGGACAGGUCGUGCAGUGCGACGUCCACUUUGGACUGGUGUGCAAGAACGAGGACCAGACGGGCAAGUUCAAGAUGUGCCUCAACUACAGGAUCCGCGUGCUCUGCUGCACCCCCAACUACAACUGCACAGUCCCACCAAGCACCACCACCACCACCCCCACGACGAGCACAACAGUCCCGUCCUCAACCACAACCCCCACCUACACGCCCUAUAUCCACAGCACCACCAGUCCUACCUCCACAGAAAUCACCACCAGCAGCCCUACGCCAACUACAACCUCCACCACCACCACCACCUGUGAACCCGAAGUGUGCGCCUGGAGCGACUGGUUCGAUGUCGACUUCCCCUCCUCGGGGCCCAACCAGGGAGACUUUGAAACCUACCAGCACAUCCGUGCCGCCGGCAAGCGAGUCUGCCAGCGGCCAAAGCAGAUCGAGUGCCAGGCGGAGGACUACCCCGAUGUACCCAUCCAGCAGGUGGGACAGGUCGUGCAGUGCGACGUCCACUUUGGACUGGUGUGCAAGAACGAGGACCAGACGGGCAAGUUCAAGAUGUGCCUCAACUACAGGAUCCGCGUGCUCUGCUGCACCCCCCAACUACAACUGCACAUCCCGUCCUCAACCACAACCCCCACCUACACGCCCUAUAUCCACAGCACCACCAGUCCUACCUCCACAGAAAUCACCACCAGCAGCCCUACGCCAACUACAACCUCCACCACCACCACCACCUGUGAACCCGAAGUGUGCGCCUGGAGCGACUGGUUCGAUGUCGACUUCCCCUCCUCGGGGCCCAACCAGGGAGACUUUGAAACCUACCAGCACAUCCAUGCCGCCGGCAAGCGAGUCUGCCAGCGGCCAAAGCAGAUCGAGUGCCAGGCGGAGGACUACCCCGAUGUACCCAUCCAGCAGGUGGGACAGGUCGUGCAGUGCGACGUCCACUUUGGACUGGUGUGCAAGAACGAGGACCAGACGGGCAAGUUCAAGAUGUGCCUCAACUACAGGAUCCGCGUGCUCUGCUGCACCCCCAACUACAACUGCACAGUCCCACCAAGCACCACCACCACCACCAGCCCCACGACGAGCACAACAAUCCCGUCCUCAACCACAACCCCCACCUACACGCCCUAUAUCCACAGCACCACCAGUCCUACCUCCACAGAAAUCACCACCAGCAGCCCUACGCCAACUACAACCUCCACCACCACCACCACCUGCGAACCCGAAGUGUGCGCCUGGAGCGACUGGUUCGAUGUCGACUUCCCCUCCUCGGGGCCCAACCAGGGAGACUUUGAAACCUACCAGCACAUCCGUGCCGCCGGCAAGCGAGUCUGCCAGCGGCCAAAGCAGAUCGAGUGCCAGGCGGAGGACUACCCCGAUGUACCCAUCCAGCAGGUGGGACAGGUCGUGCAGUGCGACGUCCACUUUGGACUGGUGUGCAAGAACGAGGACCAGACGGGCAAGUUCAAGAUGUGCCUCAACUACAGGAUCCGCGUGCUCUGCUGCACCCCCAACUACAACUGCACAGUCCCACCAAGCACCACCACACCACCCCCCACGACGAGCACAACAGUCCCGUCCUCAACCACAACCCCCACCUACACGCCCUAUAUCCACAGCACCACCAGUCCUACCUCCACAGAAAUCACCACCAGCAGCCCUACGCCAACUACAACCUCCACCACCACCACCACCUGUGAACCCGAAGUGUGCGCCUGGAGCGACUGGUUCGAUGUCGACUUCCCCUCCUCGGGGCCCAACCAGGGAGACUUUGAAACCUACCAGCACAUCCAUGCCGCCGGCAAGCGAGUCUGCCAGCGGCCAAAGCAGAUCGAGUGCCAGGCGGAGGACUACCCCGAUGUACCCAUCCAGCAGGUGGGACAGGUCGUGCAGUGCGACGUCCACUUUGGACUGGUGUGCAAGAACGAGGACCAGACGGGCAAGUUCAAGAUGUGCCUCAACUACAGGAUCCGCGUGCUCUGCUGCACCCCCAACUACAACUGCACAGUCCCACCAAGCACCACCACCACCACCAGCCCCACGACGAGCACAACAAUCCCGUCCUCAACCACAACCCCCACCUACACGCCCUAUAUCCACAGCACCACCAGUCCUACCUCCACAGAAAUCACCACCAGCAGCCCUACGCCAACUACAACCUCCACCACCACCACCACCUGCGAACCCGAAGUGUGCGCCUGGAGCGACUGGUUCGAUGUCGACUUCCCCUCCUCGGGGCCCAACCAGGGAGACUUUGAAACCUACCAGCACAUCCGUGCCGCCGGCAAGCGAGUCUGCCAGCGGCCAAAGCAGAUCGAGUGCCAGGCGGAGGACUACCCCGAUGUACCCAUCCAGCAGGUGGGACAGGUCGUGCAGUGCGACGUCCACUUUGGACUGGUGUGCAAGAACGAGGACCAGACGGGCAAGUUCAAGAUGUGCCUCAACUACAGGAUCCGCGUGCUCUGCUGCACCCCCAACUACAACUGCACAGUCCCACCAAGCACCACCACCACCACCAGCCCCACGACGAGCACAACAAUCCCAUCCUCAACCACAACCCCCACCUACGCGCCCUUGUGCGCCUGGAGCGACUGGUUCGAUGUCGACUUCCCCUCCUCGGGGCCCAACCAGGGAGACUUUGAAACCUACCAGCACAUCCGUGCCGCCGGCAAGCGAGUCUGCCAGCGGCCAAAGCAGAUCGAGUGCCAGGCGGAGGACUACCCCGAUGUACCCAUCCAGCAGGUGGGACAGGUCGUGCAGUGCGACGUCCACUUUGGACUGGUGUGCAAGAACGAGGACCAGACGGCACCACCCACCACCACCAGCCCCACGACGAGCACAACAAUCCCGUCCUCAACCACAACCCCCACCUACACGCCCUAUAUCCACAGCACCACCAGUCCUACCUCCACAGAAAUCACCACCAGCAGCCCUACGCCAACUACUACCUCCACCACCACCACCACCUGCGAACCCGAAGUGUGCGCCUGGAGCGACUGGUUCGAUGUCGACUUCCCCUCCUCGGGGCCCAACCAGGGAGACUUUGAAACCUACCAGCACAUCCGUGCCGCCGGCAAGCGAGUCUGCCAGCGGCCAAAGCAGAUCGAGUGCCAGGCGGAGGACUACCCCGAUGUACCCAUCCAGCAGGUGGGACAGGUCGUGCAGUGCGACGUCCACUUUGGACUGGUGUGCAAGAACGAGGACCAGACGGGCAAGUUCAAGAUGUGCCUCAACUACAGGAUCCGCGUGCUCUGCUGCACCCCCAACUACAACUGCACAGUCCCACCAAGCACCACCACCACACCACCAGCCCCACGACGAGCACAACAAUCCCAAAUCACCACCAGCAGCCCUACGCCAACUACAACCUCCACCACCACCACCACCUGCGAACCCGAAGUGUGCGCCUGGAGCGACUGGUUCGAUGUCGACUUCCCCUCCUCGGGGCCCAACCAGGGAGACUUUGAAACCUACCAGCACAUCCGUGCCGCCGGCAAGCGAGUCUGCCAGCGGCCAAAGCAGAUCGAGUGCCAGGCGGAGGACUACCCCGAUGUACCCAUCCAGCAGGUGGGACAGGUCGUGCAGUGCGACGUCCACUUUGGACUGGUGUGCAAGAACGAGGACCAGACGGGCAAGUUCAAGAUGUGCCUCAACUACAGGAUCCGCGUGCUCUGCUGCACCCCCAACUACAACUGCACAGUCCCACCAAGCACCACCACCACCACCAGCCCCACGACGAGCACAACAAUCCCGUCCUCAACCACAACCCCCACCUACACGCCCUAUAUCCACAGCACCACCAGUCCUACCUCCACAGAAAUCACCACCAGCAGCCCUACGCCAACUACAACCUCCACCACCACCACCACCUGCGAACCCGAAGUGUGUGCCUGGAGCGACUGGUUCGAUGUCGACUUCCCCUCCUCGGGGCCCAACCAGGGAGACUUUGAAACCUACCAGCACAUCCGUGCCGCCGGCAAGCGAGUCUGCCAGCGGCCAAAGCAGAUCGAGUGCCAGGCGGAGGACUACCCCGAUGUACCCAUCCAGCAGGUGGGACAGGUCGUGCAGUGCGACGUCCACUUUGGACUGGUGUGCAAGAACGAGGACCAGACGGGCAAGUUCAAGAUGUGCCUCAACUACAGGAUCCGCGUGCUCUGCUGCACCCCCAACUACAACUGCACAGUCCCACCAAGCACCACCACCACCACCAGCCCCACGACGAGCACAACAAUCCCGUCCUCAACCACAACCCCCACCUACACGCCCUAUAUCCACAGCACCACCAGUCCUACCUCCACAGAAAUCACCACCAGCAGCCCUACGCCAACUACAACCUCCACCACCACCACCACCUGCGAACCCGAAGUGUGCGCCUGGAGCGACUGGUUCGAUGUCGACUUCCCCUCCUCGGGGCCCAACCAGGGAGACUUUGAAACCUACCAGCACAUCCGUGCCGCCGGCAAGCGAGUCUGCCAGCGGCCAAAGCAGAUCGAGUGCCAGGCGGAGGACUACCCCGAUGUACCCAUCCAGCAGGUGGGACAGGUCGUGCAGUGCGACGUCCACUUUGGACUGGUGUGCAAGAACGAGGACCAGACGGCACCACCACCACCACCAGCCCCACGACGAGCACAACAAGUCCCGUCCUCAACCACAACCCCCACCUACACGCCCUAUAUCCACAGCACCACCAGUCCUACCUCCACAGAAAUCACCACCAGCAGCCCUACGCCAACUACAACCUCCACCACCACCACCACCUGUGAACCCGAAGUGUGCGCCUGGAGCGACUGGUUCGAUGUCGACUUCCCCUCCUCGGGGCCCAACCAGGGAGACUUUGAAACCUACCAGCACAUCCGUGCCGCCGGCAAGCGAGUCUGCCAGCGGCCAAAGCAGAUCGAGUGCCAGGCGGAGGACUACCCCGAUGUACCCAUCCAGCAGGUGGGACAGGUCGUGCAGUGCGACGUCCACUUUGGACUGGUGUGCAAGAACGAGGACCAGACGGGCAAGUUCAAGAUGUGCCUCAACUACAGGAUCCGCGUGCUCUGCUGCACCCCGAACUACAACUGCACAGUCCCACCAAGCACCACCACCACCAACCCCACGACGAGCACAACAGUCCCGUCCUCAACCACAACCCCCACCUACACGCCCUAUAUCCACAGCACCACCAGUCCUACCUCCACAGAAAUCACCACCAGCAGCCCUACGCCAACUACAACCUCCACCACCACCACCACCUGUGAACCCGAAGUGUGCGCCUGGAGCGACUGGUUCGAUGUCGACUUCCCCUCCUCGGGGCCCAACCAGGGAGACUUUGAAACCUACCAGCACAUCCGUGCCGCCGGCAAGCGAGUCUGCCAGCGGCCAAAGCAGAUCGAGUGCCAGGCGGAGGACUACCCCGAUGUACCCAUCCAGCAGGUGGGACAGGUCGUGCAGUGCGACGUCCACUUUGGACUGGUGUGCAAGAACGAGGACCAGACGGGCAAGUUCAAGAUGUGCCUCAACUACAGGAUCCGCGUGCUCUGCUGCACCCCCAACUACAACUGCACAGUCCCACCAAGCACCACCACCACCACCAGCCCCACGACGAGCACAACAAUCCCAUCCUCAACCACAACCCCCACCUACGCGCCCUGUAUGGACAGCACCACCUGUAUUACCUCCACAGAAAUCACCACCAGCAGCCCUACGCCAACUACUACCUCCACCACCACCACCACCUGCGAACCCGAAGUGUGCGCCUGGAGCGACUGGUUCGAUGUCGACUUCCCCUCCUCGGGGCCCAACCAGGGAGACUUUGAAACCUACCAGCACAUCCGUGCCGCCGGCAAGCGAGUCUGCCAGCGGCCAAAGCAGAUCGAGUGCCAGGCGGAGGACUACCCCGAUGUACCCAUCCAGCAGGUGGGACAGGUCGUGCAGUGCGACGUCCACUUUGGACUGGUGUGCAAGAACGAGGACCAGACGGGCAAGUUCAAGAUGUGCCUCAACUACAGGAUCCGCGUGCUCUGCUGCACCCCCAACUACAACUGCACAGUCCCAGCAAGCACCACCACCACCACCACCAGCCCCACGACGAGCACAACAAUCCCGUCCUCAACCACAACCCCCACCUACACGCCCUAUAUCCACAGCACCACCAGUCCUACCUCCACAGAAAUCACCACCAGCAGCCCUACGCCAACUACUACCUCCACCACCACCACCUGCGAACCCGAAGUGUGCGCCUGGAGCGACUGGUUCGAUGUCGACUUCCCCUCCUCGGGGCCCAACCAGGGAGACUUUGAAACCUACCAGCACAUCCGUGCCGCCGGCAAGCGAGUCUGCCAGCGGCCAAAGCAGAUCGAGUGCCAGGCGGAGGACUACCCCGAUGUACCCAUCCAGCAGGUGGGACAGGUCGUGCAGUGCGACGUCCACUUUGGACUGGUGUGCAAGAAUGAGGACCAGACGGGCAAGUUCAAGAUGUGCCUCAACUACAGGAUCCGCGUGCUCUGCUGCACCCCCAACUACAACUGCACAGUCCCACCAAGCACCACCACCACCACCACCACCAGCCCCACGACGAGCACAACAAUCCCGUCCUCAACCACAACCCCCACCUACACGCCCUAUAUCCACAGCACCACCAGUCCUACCUCCACAGAAAUCACCACCAGCAGCCCUACGCCAACUACAACCUCCACCACCACCACCACCUGCGAACCCGAAGUGUGCGCCUGGAGCGACUGGUUCGAUGUCGACUUCCCCUCCUCGGGGCCCAACCAGGGAGACUUUGAAACCUACCAGCACAUCCGUGCCGCCGGCAAGCGAGUCUGCCAGCGGCCAAAGCAGAUCGAGUGCCAGGCGGAGGACUACCCCGAUGUACCCAUCCAGCAGGUGGGACAGGUCGUGCAGUGCGACGUCCACUUUGGACUGGUGUGCAAGAACGAGGACCAGACGGGCAAGUUCAAGAUGUGCCUCAACUACAGGAUCCGCGUGCUCUGCUGCACCCCCAACUACAACUGCACAGUCCCACCAAGCACCACCACCACCACCAGCCCCACGACGAGCACAACAAUCCCGUCCUCAACCACAACCCCCACCUACACGCCCUAUAUCCACAGCACCACCAGUCCUACCUCCACAGAAAUCACCACCAGCAGCCCUACGCCAACUACUACCUCCACCACCACCACCACCUGCGAACCCGAAGUGUGCGCCUGGAGCGACUGGUUCGAUGUCGACUUCCCCUCCUCGGGGCCCAACCAGGGAGACUUUGAAACCUACCAGCACAUCCGUGCCGCCGGCAAGCGAGUCUGCCAGCGGCCAAAGCAGAUCGAGUGCCAGGCGGAGGACUACCCCGAUGUACCCAUCCAGCAGGUGGGACAGGUCGUGCAGUGCGACGUCCACUUUGGACUGGUGUGCAAGAACGAGGACCAGACGGGCAAGUUCAAGAUGUGCCUCAACUACAGGAUCCGCGUGCUCUGCUGCACCCCCAACUACAACUGCACAGUCCCACCAAGCACCACCACCACCACCAGCCCCACGACGAGCACAACAAUCCCAUCCUCAACCACAACCCCCACCUACACGCCCUGUAUGGACAGCACCACCUGUAUUACCUCCACAGAAAUCACCACCAGCAGCCCUACGCCAACUACUACCUCCACCACCACCACCACCUGCGAACCCGAAGUGUGCGCCUGGAGCGACUGGUUCGAUGUCGACUUCCCCUCCUCGGGGCCCAACCAGGGAGACUUUGAAACCUACCAGCACAUCCGUGCCGCCGGCAAGCGAGUCUGCCAGCGGCCAAAGCAGAUCGAGUGCCAGGCGGAGGACUACCCCGAUGUACCCAUCCAGCAGGUGGGACAGGUCGUGCAGUGCGACGUCCACUUUGGACUGGUGUGCAAGAAUGAGGACCAGACGGGCAAGUUCAAGAUGUGCCUCAACUACAGGAUCCGCGUGCUCUGCUGCACCCCCAACUACAAUUGCACAGUCCCACCAAGCACCACCACCACCACCACCAGCCCCACGACGAGCACAACAAUCCCGUCCUCAACCACAACCCCCACCUACACGCCCUAUAUCCACAGCACCACCAGUCCUACCUCCACAGAAAUCACCACCAGCAGCCCUACGCCAACUACAACCUCCACCACCACCACCACCUGCGAACCCGAAGUGUGCGCCUGGAGCGACUGGUUCGAUGUCGACUUCCCCUCCUCGGGGCCCAACCAGGGAGACUUUGAAACCUACCAGCACAUCCGUGCCGCCGGCAAGCGAGUCUGCCAGCGGCCAAAGCAGAUCGAGUGCCAGGCGGAGGACUACCCCGAUGUACCCAUCCAGCAGGUGGGACAGGUCGUGCAGUGCGACGUCCACUUUGGACUGGUGUGCAAGAACGAGGACCAGACGGGCAAGUUCAAGAUGUGCCUCAACUACAGGAUCCGCGUGCUCUGCUGCACCCCCAACUACAACUGCACAGUCCCACCAAGCACCACCACCACCAGCCCCACGACGAGCACAACAAUCCCGUCCUCAACCACAACCCCCACCUACACGCCCUAUAUCCACAGCACCACCAGUCCUACCUCCACAGAAAUCACCACCAGCAGCCCUACGCCAACUACAACCUCCACCACCACCACCACCUGCGAACCCGAAGUGUGCGCCUGGAGCGACUGGUUCGAUGUCGACUUCCCCUCCUCGGGGCCCAACCAGGGAGACUUUGAAACCUACCAGCACAUCCGUGCCGCCGGCAAGCGAGUCUGCCAGCGGCCAAAGCAGAUCGAGUGCCAGGCGGAGGACUACCCCGAUGUACCCAUCCAGCAGGUGGGACAGGUCGUGCAGUGCGACGUCCACUUUGGACUGGUGUGCAAGAACGAGGACCAGACGGGCAAGUUCAAGAUGUGCCUCAACUACAGGAUCCGCGUGCUCUGCUGCACCCCCAACUACAACUGCACAGUCCCACCAAGCACCACCACCACCACCACCACCCGCCCCACGACGAGCACAACAAUCCCGUCCUCAACCACAACCCCCACCUACACGCCCUAUAUCCACAGCACCACCAGUCCUACCUCCACAGAAAUCACCACCAGCAGCCCUACGCCAACUACAACCUCCACCACCACCACCACCUGCGAACCCGAAGUGUGCGCCUGGAGCGACUGGUUCGAUGUCGACUUCCCCUCCUCGGGGCCCAACCAGGGAGACUUUGAAACCUACCAGCACAUCCGUGCCGCCGGCAAGCGAGUCUGCCAGCGGCCAAAGCAGAUCGAGUGCCAGGCGGAGGACUACCCCGAUGUACCCAUCCAGCAGGUGGGACAGGUCGUGCAGUGCGACGUCCACUUUGGACUGGUGUGCAAGAACGAGGACCAGACGGGCAAGUUCAAGAUGUGCCUCAACUACAGGAUCCGCGUGCUCUGCUGCACCCCCAACUACAACUGCACAGUCCCACCAAGCACCACCACCACCACCACCACCAGCCCCACGACGAGCACAACAAUCCCGUCCUCAACCACAACCCCCACCUACACGCCCUAUAUCCACAGCACCACCAGUCCUACCUCCACAGAAAUCACCACCAGCAGCCCUACGCCAACUACAACCUCCACCACCACCACCUGCGAACCCGAAGUGUGCGCCUGGAGCGACUGGUUCGAUGUCGACUUCCCCUCCUCGGGGCCCAACCAGGGAGACUUUGAAACCUACCAGCACAUCCGUGCCGCCGGCAAGCGAGUCUGCCAGCGGCCAAAGCAGAUCGAGUGCCAGGCGGAGGACUACCCCGAUGUACCCAUCCAGCAGGUGGGACAGGUCGUGCAGUGCGACGUCCACUUUGGACUGGUGUGCAAGAACGAGGACCAGACGGGCAAGUUCAAGAUGUGCCUCAACUACAGGAUCCGCGUGCUCUGCUGCACCCCCAACUACAACUGCACAGUCCCACCAAGCACCACCACCACCACCACCAGCCCCACGACGAGCACAACAAUCCCGUCCUCAACCACAACCCCCACCUACACGCCCUAUAUCCACAGCACCACCAGUCCUACCUCCACAGAAAUCACCACCAGCAGCCCUACGCCAACUACAACCUCCACCACCACCACCACCUGCGAACCCGAAGUGUGCGCCUGGAGCGACUGGUUCGAUGUCGACUUCCCCUCCUCGGGGCCCAACCAGGGAGACUUUGAAACCUACCAGCACAUCCGUGCCGCCGGCAAGCGAGUCUGCCAGCGGCCAAAGCAGAUCGAGUGCCAGGCGGAGGACUACCCCGAUGUACCCAUCCAGCAGGUGGGACAGGUCGUGCAGUGCGACGUCCACUUUGGACUGGUGUGCAAGAACGAGGACCAGACGGGCAAGUUCAAGAUGUGCCUCAACUACAGGAUCCGCGUGCUCUGCUGCACCCCCAACUACAACUGUCCCUUCUCUACCACGUCAUCUACCAUCAGCACAUCUCCCUUUAUUUCGCCAAGUCAGCCGGUCUUUACUUCAGCUUCCACUCAGAUUUCAACUACACCGUGUUUCUGCAAGAUUGGUGAUACUAUUUUUUCUCCUGGUGACUUGAUUUACAACAGAGUGGAUAGUGAAGGUUGUAGAAUAUAUGCCAUCUGUAGCCCGACAUGUGAUAUUGAAAGACAUAGUGUGCAUUGCAAUAUCAUAACUUCUCCAGCUACUACUUCCCCUGAAUGGUCUACAGUAACAACAUCAGUUCCUCCCACCUCUACAAGUGCUCCUGUUCGUGGUUGUGUUUCCUCUGUUUACCCUCCAUUACAACCUGGAGAAAGAUUCAAAUUAUCCAACUGUACAGAGGUCAUCUGUAAUGGAGACAAUGAUAUAGAUGUAGUACCAACACACUGCCCACCUGUAAAGGAAAUUACCUGUGCAAACAAAUAUCCACCAAUGCUGGUACCUGAUGAAAGUGGAUGCUGUUACCGAUAUGAGUGUCAAUGUGUGUGUAGUGGAUGGGGUGAUCCUCAUUACAUUACUUUUGAUGGAACCUAUUACACCUUCCUUGAAAACUGCACUUAUGUCCUGGUGAAACAGAUUGUCCCGAGAUAUGACAACUUCCGUGUUUACAUUGACAAUUAUUACUGUGAUGCGAAAGAUGGACUCUCCUGCCCUAAAUCCAUUCUUAUUUUCUACAAAUCUGCAGAAGUGGUGCUGACUCGUGAACUCAUGAAUGGUGUGAUGACUAAUGUGAUGUACUUCAACAAAAAGAUUGUUCAACCAGGCUUCAAAAAAGAUGGCAUUUCUUUCUCCACUCUUGGCAUCAAUAUGAUUGUUGAAAUAGAAGAAAUUGGUGCUGUUAUCACCUUUAGUGGUCUAAUUUUCUCUGUGAAGCUCCCAUACAGCAAAUUUGGCAACAACACAGAAGGACAAUGUGGAACAUGUACAAACAACAAAGAAGAUGAAUGCCGCUUACCAAGUGGUAAGAUCAUUUCCUCCUGUCCCCAAAUGGCUCAUCACUGGAUUGUUGGCAACAACAAGGACUGCCAUGGAGUACCACCACCAGAAACUAUAACCACACCUCCACCAAAGCCGCAAUGUGAAACGCCUCAGCUCUGCAAGCUUAUCUUGAGCGAGGUUUUUGCAGAAUGUCAUACUGUAAUACCACCAGAACCAUUUUUCAAAGGCUGUGUUUUUGAUGGAUGUCGCAUAGAUGAUGAAUUCAUGCAGUGUUCCAGUCUGGAGAUGUAUGCAACAGAGUGUGCUGCUAGAGGUGUCUGCAUUGACUGGAGAGGAAUGACCAACAAUACAUGUGCAUUCAACUGUCCAUCAAGCUUGGUAUACAAGCCAUGUGGGCCUAUUAAUCCAGUUAACUGUGACCAAAGCUAUGAGCGUCCUGGUUACGGAAUAACUGAAGGCUGUUUCUGUCCUGAAGGAUUGACACUCUUGCAUGCAGAGAGCAGCAUCUGUGUCUCUGAAUGUGUCUGCAGAGAACCAAAUGGAAUGUCCAGAUGGCCAGGAGAAAAAUGGACAAGAGAUUGCCAGGAAUGUGUCUGUGACAAAAACACUCUUAAGGUGAAGUGUACAAAACAUGAAUGUUCUCUGACGCAGCAAGUAUUUUGUGAAAAACCAGGUUACGUACCUGUUCAGAUACCGAUACCAGAAGAUCCAUGCUGCACUAGGACUGAGUGCUACUGUAACACAAGCCUCUGUUCUGGCAUCACACCCCAGUGCUUAGAGGGACAGGAAAUUAUCACAGUAAUGCCACCUGGAAACUGCUGUCCUGUCUUUGAAUGCAAACAAGGCUGUGUAGUCAACGAAACCUAUUAUGCACCUGGAGCUGCCAUCCCAUCAGGCCCCUGUGAAGAAUGUAUGUGCUCUGAAUCCUCUCCCUCAAAGCCUCAGCACCCCACAGUCAGGUGCCAGCCUGUGAUCUGUGACACCUACUGCCCUCUGGAAGGAGAACACUGGAAUCCACCUGGUGAUAACUGUACUGUUUACACAUGUGAAAAACAUGGUGACCAGUUCAUUCAAGUCAUCAAAAAGGCAAACUGUCCUGCCUUCAACCGUGAUGAGUGUGAUCCAGAGGAUAUCAGAUUAUCUGAUGAUGGCUGCUGUUUAGUGUGCCAAAGAACACAGAAACUUUGUAUGAAGCACAAUACGACUACUGUCAUCAAUUAUAACGGCUGUGUAUCUACUGCACCUGUUGAGAUAACAUACUGUGAAGGCAACUGUGAUGCUUACUCACGAUACUCUCAAACUACAAACACAAUGGUGCACAAAUGCUCGUGUUGUCAGGAAAUCAAGACCAGCAAAAGAAAAGUGACUCUGACGUGCAGUGAUGGAACCUCCCUUGAUCACUCCUACAUCUACGUGGAGAAAUGCAGCUGUGUGGGUGCUGAGUGCAUUACCCAGGAAAACACCCAACAGCAGACACAGCAGAUAAAGACCUCUCAGGAGCAAGGGAAUGUCAAAAAUUAG